UUUGUUUCCCCAAAGCGCCACACUUCCUUCCUUCCUCCACCACCACCACUGUUUUCAGUUGCUUCACCUUUACAUUUCUUGUGCUUCACUGAUUGGGCAGCACUGAAAGACGACCUCUUCGAAACCCUAAUGCCCUUGGCUCCUCCGUGCCGUGCCGUGCCUCUCACAUUCUCGCUCCCAAUUGACCCCCAGAGUUUUCGUAUUGCAGUUUAUUUCACAGAAAAUUUAAGGGUUGCAACUUUCAUGUUGGAAACUUGAGAACAUGCAAACUAUAGUGAUUGUUUGUCAACAGUGUGGUGACAGAGGCUUUGAAGAUGCCUUGAUCUACUGUGAACAGUGCCAGAAUUAUGCUAUUCAUCUUUAUUGCAUUGAUGUGCCAGCAGAAAAUAUUUUUGAUGAAGAUAUUACUUGGCUUUGUGUGGAUUGUGAACCAAAGAUUGUAAAGCCUUCUACAAUUGAUAAAUCAGUAAGAUCAACACAAAAUCGUCAUAACAAGAAGUUGAAGAAAAGGAGGAGGAAAAAGAAUAUAUUGACUUUACCUAAAUCUGUGGCUAAAAAGGCCCAGAUAUGUGAAGGGGAUAAAAUGAUUUUACAGAUACGUGAAGGUAGCCCUAGUGAACAUGAGGCUGAGGGCAGUAAUAAUUGUGACAGUGGUCAGAAUGUUGGUAAUCCGUGCAGAGAAGUUCUUGAAUAUCAGUUCAAUUCCUUCCAUGACGUCCUCAAGUUUGUAAAAACCUCUCAAAUUAUUACUAGUGACGCUUUACAAAUCAUGGAACACAAUUCUUAUGUUGCUGCACAGCCUAUCAUUGAUCCAAUCUGGAGGGGAAGUCUAAGCAUAUUCAACAAAGACUUCAACAUUGUUAGUGGACUUGUAGCCCAUCUCUCUAGCUUAGCCUGUCCUAAAGUGCGCGAGGAGGCAGAACUGUUGCCGUUGCUGAUUUUUCCAGAAUUGGUUCGUAGGACUGAUGUGUGGCCAAAAGCUUUUGAGAAGUUGGGGCCUACUGACCGGAGUAUCGCUCUUUACUUUUUUCCUGACAACGAAAGAGAUGAGAAAGAUUUUGACAGUCUCGUGGCUAGCAUGAUCCAGGAUGAUCUCGCUAUGAAAGCCAUUCUGGACAAUGCUGAGCUUUUAGUUUUCACUUCGACUAUACUGCCUGAGCAAUAUCAGAGGUUUCAGACAAAGAUUUAUUUAUGGGGAGUAUUUAGGGCAAAGAAAUUUCCAGAAUUAACAAAUGGUAAUGUUCCCGGUGGGGAGAAAGACGUUGGAAAGCCCUUAACCUUAACCUGUUAUGGGCAGAGUCCAGUUAGUACGUUGAGCAACAAUGUAGAUAUUAGUUGUGAUCCUGAACCACUCAAUUCCUAUUGUCCUUAAUCCAUGUGAAUUGAAUUUUAUUCUAUUUUAUUUUCAAUCAAACCCUGUACAGUAUGAUGUUUACUG